UUGCUUCCUGGCUCAUUCCAAGGUAUUGCAGGGUGGGGGAAGGAUCAGCUGAUCUGCUAGACCGAGGAGCUGGAGUGACAUUAGGACACAGAUCAGAGAUUGGCCGGGAUCUACAUACAGACUACUCAGCCCAGGAAAAUACCUGGCAAACUGUGAUGAGGAGAAACUAAGCUAGAGACUUCCACAUCAAACCGCCUCUCCCACACUGCCUGUGCCUUAUCUGAAGCAUGGAGUUAAAAGUCUGGGUGGAUGGCGUACAGAGAGUCGUAUGUGGAGUAACAGACAAAACAUCAUGUCAAGACGUGGUCAUUGCACUGGCCCAGGCCAUAGGUCAGACAGGGCGCUAUGUCUUAAUCCAGACACUACGGGACAAGGAGAGACAACUUCUUCCCCAUGAGAGACCUUUGGAAUUCUUGUCCAAAAGUGGACAAUACGCCAAUGACGUCCAUUUCAUACUGAAACGCACAGGGCCCAGCUUAACUGAACGCCCAUCCUCAGACAGUGGUCCACUUCCUCCAGAGAGAACUUUUGCAAGGUCCAGUCUGCCUCUUAAUCCUAAAGUACACAGUACGGAGGUCACAAGGUCGAAGGAACCAAAAAAAUCAUUGACUUUUAAUUUAGGACCUAUGAGUUCAAGUGACCUUUUGCUAAAACACAGGCAGAAGCAACACAAUGGUACAGUAGCAAAAGACAGUUCCCCUAGGCGAACCACAAAGGAUGAUAUAUUUAAACUGGUGUUACAACAACAGGAACAGUUGAAGGCAUUUGAAAUGCAGAACGUCUCUUUAGGCAAGGACCUUCAGACAUGGGAACGAGGCAGGGUUGGUGGACCCCAUGAGGAGGAUGAGGAUGAAGUGGCCUUCUUGGAGAGACUUGUUCGCCGAAAUGAUUCAGAACUUGGAGAGGAAAUGUUUUGGAAGGAUGAACUGGAGAGAGAAAGAGCCGAUGAGCAUAAAAGGCAGGAGAAAAUGAAAAACUUAAGGACCACCAUGGAAGAUUACACCUUGAAAAUUAAAGAGUUGAGUGAAAGGACUGAGGCUUUAGAGAAGGAAAUCCAUAAGGAGACCUCAAAAAGGCUUUCUGGGCAACCCAGCCCAGCUGAAAUUGAGGAAAUGGUGACUAAAAUGAAAAAAGAAAUGGAAACAAAGAUUGAUCAGAGCCAACAAUUGGAGACUAAUUUGUCCAAUGUGGGAAGGGCCUGCGAAGAAGCCAAAAGAAUCCUUGAGGUCAAGGCCCAGGAACUCGAGGAGCUCAACAAGGACCUCAGACAGUGUAACCUUCAGCAAUUCAUUCAGCAGACGGGAUCCAUCGUCACCAAUGGGCAGCUACGACCAAAUGAAGACCCCCUAAAUGAACAAAGCAUCUCACUAUGGGAAUUGCAGCAUGGCAGUUUAGAGCCCACUGAAUCUUUACCACGACUCCCUGCCAAUCAUCUGAUGGGGCAUCCUCGGAAUUUACAGAACUCCCUGCUCUCUGUUCGGAACCCUGAGGGUGUGUAUGUGUGACUCCUCGCUCUGCGCACGCUGCUUCUUGCUCUCCUGGUGUUCUGCCUUCUCGAGACACAUCCUGGACAUAAAAGAAUGACGACAACCAGCAACCAACCCUGUUAUGUUUGAGACAUUGCAACUGUAUAAAUGAAAUUACAUUUUUAUGUAAAAAAAAAAUAUAU